CUUCACUUGCAAACGCAGGGAAAGGGUGAGACCUUUCAAAGCCGCCAAGCGGGCAAGCUUCCAGCAGCAGCCUGGGAGUGAGCAAGCGGCAGAGCCACCCAGCCGGGCGGCGGGGCAUUGGGCCUCGCGUUUCAACUUCUGUUCUGUUCUCCUGUAAUGGAAAAUUGCUUUGCACAAAGCUAGAGUGUUACAGUUCUUUCCAGCGCCCCUCCCCCCCACCACCCCGCCCCUCGGCAGCCUUCUGAUCAGAGGGACAGCGCCCGCAGGAAGGUGGAAGGAGGGUAGUUGCGGUUUCUUACUAUGUCCCUUGCUUCAGGCCCUGGGCCCGGGUGGUUACUCUUUUCCUUUGGAAUGGGACUGGUAUCGGGGUCAAAGUGUCCAAAUUACUGUCAGUGUCAAGCCCAAGAAGUGAUCUGCACAGGGAUCCGGUUAACCGAAUACCCCCCAGACAUACCCCUGAACACCCGGAGGCUGUACCUGAAUGAUAACGGCAUCACUUUUUUGCCAGCGAUGACUCUGGGACUCCUCAGUGACCUUGUUUACUUGGACUGUCGGAAUAACCUGAUUCGCGAGGUGAUGGAUUAUACCUUCAUCGGGGUCUUCAAACUCAUCUACCUUGAUCUCAGCUCCAACAACCUAACCUUGAUCUCCCCAUACAGUUUCUCCGUGCUCAGCAACCUGGUGCAGCUGAACAUUUCCAACAACCCUCACCUGUUAUCUCUCAACAAGUACACCUUUGCCAACACCAGCUCUCUGAGGUACCUGGACCUCAGAAAUACCGGCUUGCAGACCUUGGACCAUGCUGCCUUUCAUAGCCUCAUAACACUACAGACCCUGUAUCUGAGCGGAAACCCAUGGAGGUGCAACUGUUCUUUCCUGGACUUCACCAUCUACUUAAUAGUGUCCCAUCUGAACCAUCCAGAUGAUCAAAAUGCCACGUGCACGGAGCCCACGGAGCUGGCAGGGUGGCCCAUCACGCAGGUGGGGAACCCGCUCCGCUACAUGUGUAUCACGCACCUGGACCGCCAGGACUACCUCUUCCUGCUGCUCAUCGGCUUCUGCAUCUUCUCGGCGGGCACGGUGGCCGCCUGGCUCACAGGCAUGUGUGCUGUGCUCUACCAGAACGCCCGGCGCAAGUCGAGCGAAGACGAGACCGACGACGAACACGGCCAGCGGGGGAACGUCAGCGGGCGGAUCUUCAGAAGCAGGGUCGACUCGGCCCAGGACGGGCUCCCUCAGCUGAUUUAGAGGCCCGAGACGGCUCUCGGACAUGCCUUUCCCAAGGCUCCCCGCCUUCUCUCCGCCCUCCCCUCCCACUCCCUCACAGCUGUCUGAGACACUGACGCCUAUUAGUAAAGCAAAUAAAAUGUUUGGUGGCCAUUUCACAAGUUGGUCCCUUCCUGCUCCACCAGCCCAAGGACACCUCCGUGAGCUCCACAGGAUGGCAUAGAACAAGGCUGCUGCACCCUCUUCAAUGCAGAGGAAGCCUGCCCCGGAUGCAGGCCGACUCAUUUAAUGAGCAACUACUAUGCCUUGGCUGGCGGGAGGGAUAUGAGAAACACAAGACUGAAGACCAGUCCCCAAAGAGCAAACAGUUUGGGGCAAGUCAAGACUAAUAUGAAUGAAAUGGAGAAAAACGCAAGACCCAGUGAUCAGAGCUGACAUCAGUGAAACACGCCCACAGGCCAACUUCACACCCCGUCUCAAGACCGUCACCACCAUCCCAUGGUACGGAUACUAGUUGACAGUGAAAAGUUGAGGCCUAGAAAGGUUAAACAAGGGACUGAGGUCACCCAACAAGUCAGUAGCACAGCCCCCAAAGUCCAUGUUCUUUCCUUUCCAUGAGGUUGCCUACCCAAGAAAUGUUUGGCAAUGCAGCCAAGGACUCACCACGUAAGCCUUGUAUGAGACAAAGGAGUGAAACCCAGAGGCGACCACCACUUACCGAGCCCUUCCCCGGCACCCAGCCUCACCCCCAGCAUUGUAUGCAUUUUCUCUCCAGGUCAGCCCUCACAACCGCAGGUCAGGUGGUCGCUGUUACCCUCGUUUUCCUGAAGCUCGGAGAGGCUAAGGAAUCAGCUCAGGAUCAAACAGUUGACGAGAAGCCAAAGGAAUUCUGAUUCCCAGGCCGCUUGACCCCGAAGCCUGUGCCCUGCGUACUAUGAGCUCCCGUCUUUCAUGAAGCGCUAAACAGAAGAGCCAAGUGUAUACAAGUACGAUCCGCCUCUCAGGACUGGCCAGAGGAAGGGAAAGGGAGGCGCUGACAGGCGUGGCUGAACCCCAAGACCCAUUCAAGACUCUGAUCAAAGGCCCUACCCAUGAAGCCAGCUGUCCCUAAACUCCCAACCAGAUCUUCCUUACCUCUGCACUUCCUCUGUGAAUCCCACAUGAUUUCCCCCAGAUUUGUCCCG